UUGCGACGACGCCGCUGGGGGUGGUGGGGCGGUCCUGGAGCUGGGGCUGUGGCUGGGGCUGGGGCUGCUGCGCACCGGGGUGCUGGUUCCGUGGCUGCGGAGCUCCAGAGCUACUACUGAAUUUCCUCUGGAAGUGAAGUAGAAUUUCAUAAGAACAUAAUGGAUGGAGAAGAGAAAACCUAUCGUGGCUGUAAAGGCCCUGAUGCUAUGUACGUCAAAUUAAAAUCCUCUGAUGGCCACGAGUUUAUUGUAAAAAGAGAACAUGCAUUAACAUCGGGAACAAUAAAAGCCAUGUUGAGUGGCCCGGGUCAAUUUGCUGAAAAUGAAACCAAUGAAGUCAAUUUUAGAGAGAUCCCUUCACAUGUUCUAUCCAAAGUAUGCAUGUAUUUUACCUACAAGGUCCGCUACACUAACAGCUCAACCAAGAUUCCUGAAUUCCCAAUUGCACCUGAAAUUGCACUGGAACUGCUGAUGGCUGCGAUUUUCCUAGAUUGUUAAAUAAAAUAAAUUAUAAUAAA